AGGAAUGACACCGUGGACAGCUCCCGUGCUGAUCGCUCUGCGCUGGAUCCCUGGCGGAGCAGCGGCUGAGCGUGUCGUUCGCUGCUGUUGCUCCUGCCUUGAGCCGGGUGUAUAGUCUGGCUUGGCUGUAAGGCUCGCUCUGCUGCUUGGAUCCUUAGCGGUAGUAAAUCCGCGAGGUGGAAGAAAGCGGAGAGAGGAAGAAAAGACGUGCGGUUGACAAUGAGGCACGAAGGUGCUGUGCAGAUGGCAUCUGCGCAAGAUACCCGAUACGGCCAAAAGGAGACAUCAGAUCAGAACUUUGAUUAUAUGUUCAAACUUCUCAUCAUUGGUAACAGCAGCGUUGGGAAAACCUCCUUCUUAUUCCGUUAUGCUGAUGAUUCUUUUACCUCAGCUUUUGUAAGCACUGUUGGGAUCGAUUUCAAAGUGAAAACAGUCUUCAAAAAUGAAAAAAGAAUUAAGCUACAGAUUUGGGAUACAGCAGGUCAAGAGAGAUAUAGGACAAUUACUACAGCCUACUAUCGGGGCGCUAUGGGCUUCAUUUUAAUGUAUGACAUCACCAAUGAAGAAUCUUUCAAUGCUGUACAAGACUGGUCAACCCAAAUAAAAACGUACUCUUGGGACAAUGCACAGGUUAUUUUGGUCGGCAAUAAAUGUGACAUGGAAGAGGAACGUGUAAUCUCUGCUGACAGAGGCAAACAUUUAGCAGAGCAACUUGGUUUUGAGUUCUUUGAGACAAGUGCCAAGGACAACAUCAACGUCAAGCAGACUUUUGAACGACUUGUGGAUAUCAUCUGCGACAAAAUGUCUGAAAGUCUGGAGACCGAUCCUGCUAUUGCUGCUGGUAAACAAAACACGAGAUUAAAGGAGACCCCACCACCACAACAGCAACCGACCUGUGGCUGUUAAUAACAUCAUUGUCAACCAUGGCAACUCCAGUGUGUUCUUUGGCCAAUAGAGUAUUUACCUAGGUCUAUACGCCUUUAUUUAUAAUGUCUUACUGGUUCAUUUCAGAGGAGUAUACCUCUUCUUUAAUGUCCAUUCCUGGUAAAAGAUGUAUUCAGAGUUACAAAUGUGUAAAGAAAGGACUUUCUAAUUUCUCUGCAUUUGGCCUCAACACUUAGAUGGCUGCUUGUCUUCUCUGUGACCUUUCCUUUCUUCCUUCUAAAUCUAUCGCUGCUUCAGCUGGUGCUGUGACCUCCGUCACAAAUUCUGCCUGGUUUUGACUCUUCCAUCACCCAUUUUCAGUUAUUGCUAUUUAUUCCAGGGCAAUGACCAAGUAGUUCAGAAAUAGGACUUCUAUUAUUCAGCAUUCUGGAUCAAGGUAAAAACUUGCUGAAGUGUAGCAAUGCGAUUCUGCAAAUGCAACCGUAAGUAGUCCUCAACUUAUAACCACAAUUGCGACCAGAACUUCCAUUGCUAAGCGAUGCAGUCGUUAAGGGAGUUGUAUCUGAUUUUAUUAACCUUUUUUCCCCACAGUCAUUAAGUGUGCCAUGUGGUCAUUAAGUGAAUCUGGCUUCUCCCAUUGACUUUGCUUAAUGGAAGCCCUCUGGGAAAGUCACAGAUGGUGAUUAGGUGACUGUGGGAAGCUGCAACCAUCAUAAAUACAUGUCAGUUGCCAAGUGCCUGAAUUUUGAUCAUGUGACUGCAAGGACGCUGAGGCAGUUGUAAGCGCAAGGACCAGUUCUGACUUUAAAUGGUUGUUAAACAAAUGGUCGUAAGUUGAGGACUACCUGUAUACUAUCUAGAUAACUUGCCUGAAGAUGAGUGGUUCCAUGUGGCAAGGAUCUGGCACUUUUAGAGAAAUCAUAUGGUGUCCCUAAAUAAUUACAAGCAUGCCACGCUCUCAUUUUCAUGGUAAGUGAAGUCUCCUACUCCAAAGCCAAGAUACCCAAGUUCAGAAAUAGGUUUUGCAAAAACCUGCUGCCUGCUUACUUCUAAUUGGAUUUUUUUGAUCAGCACUGAUUUUCUGGCAAGGUCCCAUCCAUCAUUAGACCAGAAUUUGUCCAUGCAGUCCUUCUAAAACCUCAGAUGCUAUUCCCAGAGUCCUCCCAAAAAUUUCCAUCAUUUUAUGAUUCUUAAUGUGACUGAAUUAGAAAACUAUUAAAUACCGUACAUCUAGGGCAAUUUCAUUGCUUGCAUGUUUAUCAUUACCAUUUUCAUUAUGAUUCAGUUAAAAUGAUAUUAAAUAUAAUGUUUGUUCUUGUUGCCCAUUUCUUUGUUCUGGUCCACCAAUUCAUUGUAAUUCACAAUAGAAUCCAAGGUAAAGUGGACCCAUAGCCAAACACUAUUGCACAGUGUUUGGCUUAUUUAGAUCACAUUUAUGCAACGUUUAAUUCAGUUUCAUUAAGCAAAACCGAUAUAGAUUCCAUACUGAUCACAUGAAGACAAUUGUUAAGACAGAUAGACAGAUUGGCGGAAGUCUGUAUGAAGCAGACAAAACCCUGUUUAAAUUGUCAAUGUGAUUCGGGGAAAAUUAAUCCAAUUUUAUUCCAAUGCUCAAAUCAAAUUAAAUAUGUUUAUUCAAGUUGAAAUUUAGAAACUAUUUGGACAAAACUUCCAAAUCAUCUGAAAAGAUUUAGAGAAUUCCAAUCUGAUUCAAUUAGUAGAACUGACUGUUCUGCUUAAUUUGGAAAAUAAGUUUAAUUCAGAUGUCCAUAUGCAAAUAAUAAGAUGUAACAGGGCUUAUUUUUCCGCCAUAAUACCUCUUCUCAUUAGAGAAAAGGAGACAGCAAGAUUCUAUCUGUAGAUAUCUGGAUUCUUAUAGCAUAUAAAGAGACUGCAAAAAAAAUAUUGUGAGAUUUCAGCAUUUUUGCAUAUUAUCUCAGGAGAUUUGAUCUGGGAUAUUUUUUUAAAAAAAAACAUUAAAAAUAGGGAUUCACACUAUCCUAUGAAAUGCACAAUGGUGCCUGACAUCUUGAAAGCAGGUGCUGCCCCCUACUUGCACUACGCAAAAUACUUUAAGAUUUCCAAUACAGUUUGCAUGUUUGUUUCCAUAUCAAACACAGACAUAUAAAAUUAAAUGCAGUCAAUCUUUAAAGGGCUUAGCAAGUUCAUUCAAAACAACUCUUCACAAGUACAUAUAAUACCUGGCUGAUGAGAAAAUGCAAGUAGUAGAUACAAAUAGCAUCAACACAUGAGGAGCAUAAUAGGAGAAAAGUGAUUUAGAUAUCUUUUCAUAUCAGUUUUUAUAUGCAUGGAAUCUAUGAUCUUUAAAUGCAUUUUUCAAUAUUGUCCAUAUGCCAUAUACUUGGUCAUGAAAGAGUAAAUCAUUAAACCUUUUAGUUUUCUAAAAGUGCAGCUAAAUUUACCAGCAUGAUGAUGCUGAAGAUAUCUGGUGAUCCUGUUGUACAGUGGUAGUCAUUUAUUAAUUGAUUAGCCUUACAACCAUAUCAAAGACUGUCACAGUAGAUUGUGCAUCUCAUGUUUCAUUGCCACUGAAGCUCUCCUACAAGUUUGGGUCAGCAGCUCCAACAUUUCCCCUUUUUCCUGUAUAUUGACCAUUGCAUGGUCCUAAAACAUUGUGAGGAGUGCCACUUAGAAACAAGAGUCACCAAGGUAGUAGCUGUGACUAUAACAUGUCCAUGGAAAUUUUAUGUGUUUCAAGAACACCCUUAUAAUUUUAAUGUGAUAGAUCUAUUCUAAAGGAAUAUGACAACAGUGGAGACUCAUCUAUUGAAGAACUGCUUCUCUGAUUCCUAAAAAAUAGAUUCCCUAUUUGUCAUGGUAAAGUCAUUUUUCUGUUCUUAUUUCCAUUCCAUUUUCAUUGACAUCAUCGGGAGCUACUAUAUAAAAGGUCUUGACUGAAUCAUUAGCUUUUAGCAAUAAUUUGACUCUGAUUAUUUUCUUGCAACUUUUAAGGAGAUCAUCUGAAUUUGGAUGGUUUCUGAUUACUAUUAUUACUAUUAUUAUUAUUAACAACAUUAGUAGCAACAACAUAUUCAACAAUUGCAAAAAAAAAUAGACUAUAUCAAAUGAUUAUGAAAUCUCUGGAUGAAUUUACCAGGGCAAUGUGCCAAAUAUUUUAAUUAUAGUCCCCUGUGCCAAGAUAUUUACUACACACUAUGUUAAUUAGUUCUCUUUCUGGAAGUAGGAAGUAAUUUUAUUUCAACCUGCAUGUUCCAUCUUCACCACUGAUUUGGGUCAAAAGCCUUCUAAUGAGUGGGGCUCCCAAAUAAAUAUUAGAUGUUUAUCAUUCUUCAUUAUAUCAUAUUUUAAAUAUGGAUUAAAUUCCAGGUUGAUCAAUCAAGAGUAAUAAGAGAUAAAUUAAAAAUAUAAUUAAUUGCAAGAAAAUAAUCUUCCAUGUAUCUGAUUGUUGUUACUACAGAAGGAGAAUAAGAUUUAAACCAAUGUAUCCCAUGUAUAGAUGAAUUUCUAGAAUUUCUGGCCAACAUAACUGGAUGCAUAUUAUUAGGGGAGGGAUAUCUAUUUUGGCCCUGUUUAUUUAUAUAUGUGUGACAUAUUGUGAGACAUAUAUACACAUAUAAUUACCCUUAUUACUAGCCUCUUUCUUUUUCUUUCCCACUUCAAAUGGAUGCUCAGAUAAUUAAAAUGAGUGCAUCUGGGAUUAAGCUCCUUAAAUGCUAAAAGACUAUUACAAAAACAUGCAAUAAGGAGCAUUUGGACAUUCAAUGUCCAUACUUUUUACAUAGUUCAGGCAACUCCUACACCACUACUAUUGUCUUCUUCUUGCCUCAACUGGCCCAAAUGUGUCAGAACAUCCUCUGAUUUUGGCCUCUCUGGGCCAAUUAAUAUAUUUCUUUAGGUAGAAACUAGGUUGUGGAGGAGGAGAGUUUUACUCUAGAACAGGGUUGUCAAACUCAAGGCCCAGGAGCCGGAGGUGGCCCAUGGGGUGCUUAGAUCUGGCCACUGGGGCUGCCCUGGAAACAGCGAAGGACUGGCCCGCAGUGCCUCUGCCAGUAAAAACGGAGCUCAGGAGGGCUGUCCUCCCGAGCUCUGUUUCGCUGGCAAAGGGUUGCAGGAAGCCAUCAUAGCUGAAAAUGGAGCUUGGGAGCCCGUUUUCUCUCACAGAGCACUCAGGCCACCACAUGCACCCCCGACACGAGUGACGUCAAGCUGGCCAUACCCAUCCUGGCCACGCCCACUCUGUGCCCCCCGAGGUCAAACACAAUCCUGAUGCAACCCUCAAUGCAGGGGUGAAAUUCACUUAUCUUCACUACCGUUUCACAAAUGUGCACGUGCCAUCAUCUGCGCAUGUGCAAAGCCUUCUGCGCAUGCACAGAGGCUUAAAAUCAUUGCAAAAAUGAUUUUUUGCAUAAUGACAUCCGCGCAGGUGGGUGGAGCCUCCCGCAGCCGCCGCUACCAGUUCACCCGAGCUGGAUAGAACCGGCUGAAUUUCAUCCCUGCCUCAAUGAAAUCGAGUAUGACACCCCUGCUCUAGAAUAAGCGCAAAAAUCUAAUCAAAAUCAAAACCUAAGAAAAGGGGAGGGAAAAUUAAUUUUUUUUCCCCACUGUGGUCCUGAUUUGAUCACCAGUUUCUGCAAUUUAUAUAGCCAAGUGACAACUUUGGGCCAGGAUAAACUGCAGCACAGAGGCUGGUUCAGACUAGAAUGUAGAAAUUAGCUAUUUUUAAAAAACUGAAUGUAGGUUAGACUCGAUGAGAGUGGUAAAUAUGUGUGUAGGUUGCGCCACUUCAGCCUGUAGGUGGAGGCUUUUAUAUGCAUGAUAUUUACAAUUUUUUCCUAAUAUACAUAAUCUGGUAUGCAACUUAAAUUAAAAUUUCCUCUAUCAUUAGUUGAAACAAUAGGAAUGAGUUGGCUGUUGUUGUUCCAUGAUUCCUACUGAACAACUUUCUCUAGAUAGAAUCUUUCAAAUGCACCAAAAUCAUUUAAGAAUAUAUACAACAAGAUUACAAAAAUCAAACCGAAGUUUAGAAAACCGGAUAGUAACCAAUAUUUUGCUUCUUUAUUGUUACAGAACUGAGGUGGAGAUUGAGUGAGCAAAAAAGAGGAGGAAAUGGGGAAACCAAUAUUAAUCAAGAAAUUUAAUUAGGAAAAUUGCAGUAAAUCACAUUCUUAAGUGUUUUGCUCCCUGCAGGAGAGCAAAAGAUUUCUUCAUAAAAUAUCCUUCAGAUGUGCGAGUCAAACACUUAUAGUAUAUUAUACAUAAACACAUAAUGCAAACAGAAUCUAUCAACGGUCUUACAUAUCUUAUCAAUAAAUUGAUAAUUUGGGAUUUAAACUCACUUUAUGAAAUUAUGAAUGUGCUUUGUCCUUUUGCGUGCCAUUAAUUCAAGAUAGCACAUAAACAAAAAGCAAAAACAAAAACAAAAAACCUAUAUAUAAAACUGUUUGCUUGAUGUCCAAAAUGCAGAAUAGCUUGGUCUGUCCUUUCUGUCAAAAUGUUUCCUUACUCUUAGCUGCAAUGUAUGUGACUGUUAAUGGAACCAUUUAUACUUUCGUACUUAUACAGAGGGCUUUUCCAAAUGAUUAAUAAUGCAAUGGAACUUAUUUUCUGCAGGAUUAAUUAUCUAUGUUGGUAAAGUGCUUUCUAGCCGGGAUUGUAUAUUUCCCUGACAUUCAAGAAACUACUGUUCCUGGAAAACUGAGAUUCUUUUUCCAAUGUUAUAGUGCUACCUGAAUUACAAAGAUAUAUUGUAUAUACCAUAGAUUCCUAUAUGAUCGCACUAAUGAUAUCACAAAAGAAGAGUGGCACAGGUAACUUACUGCUCUGGGUGGUAAGUCUGAUUGGUCCAUUGCUAAGGUAAGAAGGAGGGAGCUUUCAGAGGAGCUAGAAAUGUUUAAACUCUUCUCACUGCAAAUAUUUAGAUCUUGCUAGGAAAGCCCUUCACGGACUUUGCCUUGCCACUCUGAAAUCAUUUUCACUUCAUGUAGCUAAUCCUUAUUUGGGAAGACCUGAGCAUGCUUUCACCUUUCUUUAAUACUCUCCUCCAUUUUAAGUGAAAUGGUUUUGCAUUAUUGUGAACUUCAUUAGCCUUCAAUACACUGCAUGGUGCAGCCUCCCUUGACCCAACACCUUUCAGAGAUGUUUGAUUACAGCUCCCAUUCACCAGCAAGCAAGCAUGCUGGCUGGAGAAUUAUGGAUAUUUUAGCCCAGUGCCAGUAAGAGGCAUCUGGUCAGGGAUGACUGACAUGGAACACUACCUGAAUAGCUAGAUCUACAGUAUGUGGCCUUUCCAGAGCUUGAGUCUGAAAGAUUCAAUUUUUCUUUCUGGUCAGCUCAGCUCUGAUACAUCCAGCUGUACUGCCUGCACCUUACUUAAUUUUAAGAAUGAAGUGCUGUGGUGCACUAUGUUCACUGGAGUUUGCUCCUAACUUGCAACCUUCUUGGAAUGUCAUGGUUUCUAAGAAAUGUAACCGUGGUGCAAGAUUCAUGUCCGUUGAUGUCCGUUUUUUGUCAAUCAUAGUUAUUAGAGCUAGCUUUCAAUGUAGAUCGAAGUUUUGUUUUUCCUGUCAAGCACCAAUAUAUUUUCAUUUGAAUAUGGAUCAAAUGAUGUAAUUGCUUCUGUGAUGGCAAAAUCUACAUAUAUCCCCACCCAAAUUGUGCUAGAGACAUCCAGUAAAACCUGGACUGAACUCUGAAUUAUCCUAUAUGGACCCAUGUUGAACUGUCCUCAGCUUGAACUUUUGUCUGUUGAAGUUGAAGUUGUCCGUGGCAACUAUGAAUGUUGAUUUUGUCAAACCAGUGCUAUUAUGGAAUGACAAGACCCCCGAGGGUCUUUUUGUAGAUUUUGCUUGUUUUUGAUAUGGGCAGAUUCUCAUAUAUUUGUAUGUAUAUUAGAAAGGCCAAAAACAUUCACAUCUCAGGUAGCUUUGGUUACUCAUAAAACAUACAUUCAUUCAAUUAAUAAGUUACUAAAAAGUUUAGAGCAGGGGUGGGCAUUGGGCCAUAUAUGCCCCUCCAAAUGUUGAACCCCAACCUCCAAUCAGACCUGUCUAACUUAGAUAAUGAUAAGACAUACCGGAAGUCACAGGAAUAUGGCCAAUCUUGGAUCUGUAGCCAAUGGAACACUGUUUCCCAAAUACAGCAAAUAGCUUUGUGCUAACAGCUUUGGGAAUCAGAAAUACUAUGCUGAAUACCAGCAUUACAAUUCCCAUAAUUAUAGCUGGCCAAUGUUUAUUUAUUUCAUGUAAAAGGUCAGUCAUAUUUCAUACCCAUCCCCCACCUCCCACAGUCAAGUAGGGUUUUGUUUUGUUUUUUUAGUUUUACAUUUGAAAGACUUGAAUUCAAAGUGCUCAAUUCAGGUUAAGAGAACUUCGUUUUUAUCACUGUUAAAAGCUUAUUUACUGUAUGUAAAUGCUCAAAUCUCACCUUACCAAAUAUAUCUUAUUUCUCAUGGCAACUCAUUUCCCUUCUCAGUUUAGUGGUGACAAUCUCUGUACAGUUCCAGUUCCCCUCCUUUUUCUUCUCCUCUCCUCUUUGUCUCUUCUGCUAUGUGGAACUUGCCAAGAAAUUCAUCUCGUCACUAGCAAGUGCCUCUAGUAAUUUCCCAACCUGUACAAUCUAUAUUUACAGUGGCAGCAGAUGGCAGGCUCCUGAAUACAGGAUCCACUUGGCAUUUUAAAGGAGAGACUGACCUUAACUUUUUGACCACCUAAUCUCUCUUUCCAAACACAUGAAACUGAUACUAGGAUUUGCUCACCACCUAACCAUGAUGAAUUGGCAGGAAUGGGGAAUCCUGACACGUACCUUGCAAACUAGUGUUAAAUAGAACCUGUGCUGUGAUUCCUGUUCAACAUAUCGUGAAUAACGUCAGCUAAUGUGUUGUGACUCAGUUGGACUGUCGGAAUGUAUAUACUCUUUAAUAGUGUUUGUGUAACUGAAAUAUCUUAAAUGUUGCAUGAAGAUGUUACUUAAAAAUAGAUUUCUUUUCUAUUUUUGAACACCUCAAAUCUGAGGGAUCUUGGGCCAAUCAGUGCAAUAUUUAACGACCUACUCAGUGUAUAUAAACUUGUGUGGAAGAGAGAGUUGUGUUGAAUGUGUGAGAUGCCUCCACUUGUUGGCUGAUGAUUGUGUGGCUUAUUUCAACAAUUUCUAUUAGCUGUCAAGUGUCUGAUAGUCAUGUGUAUAUCAUACAAAUGCUAUUAAUAGUGUUGUGCAAAAAUAUUCUAUUCCUAAUUCUGUUAAAUUAUUUUUCUUAUAUGAGAUGAUUAUAUAAAUAUAUAUACACCCACACACACAUAUAAAAAUGUCCAUGUUUCCUUCUUUGCAAGUGCAUGUUAAUUUUACUUCUAGAACUAUCUAAAAAAAAGAUUGUGCUAAAAAUAAAAAGAGUGAAGAACA